AUGGCUGGUAGCGAAACGGCUGGUCUCCAGGUCCCCGUGGCGUUCAAGGACGCCGACGACGGCACCAUCCCAGUGCGCCCUCCUACCGAGUAUGCCGCCGCCGUGGCGUCCCUGCCGUUGAACCCUGCCAGCAAGCUCAAGUUGCGCUGCUAUCAGGGCGUGUGGGUGCUGGAGGACUGGGUACCAGGCAUCAUGGCCAUGCAGCGCAGCUUCUCAACGCGCCCCGGUGACGUGGUUCUUGCGAGCUUUCCCAAGUGCGGCACCACUUGGCUCAAGGCUCUGAUAUUCGCCACCAUGGCCCGCACCGCAUACCCGCCGACAAGCCCCGCCCACCCGCUCCGCCGCCUCAACCCGCACGACUGUGUGAUUCUCUUGGACAGGCUCUUCGCCGUCGGCCGUGAGGCAGUGCUGGACAGGCUGCCCUCGCCGAGGCUCAUGUGCACGCACAUGCCUCUCUCGGUGCUGCCGGCGUCUAUCUCUCGUGGAUCCGACUGCAAAAUUGUCUACAUAUGCAGGGAUCAGAAGGACAUGGUUGUCUCGAUGUGGCACUUUGCCAACCGUGCUCGACCUGACAUAUCACUCCAAGAGGUGUUCGAGACGGUCUGUGACGGCACAUGUUUUGCCGGGCCUGUCUGGGAUCACAUCCUUGGAUACUGGAGGCUAAGCAAUGCAGAGCCAAACAGGGUGCUUUUCUUGACCUAUGAGCAGAUGCGUCAGGAUCCGGUUGAUAAAGUCAGGAAGCUAGCUCAAUUCCUCGGGAGGCCAUUCUCCGACUGUAACGAGGAGGCCGGUGCUGUUGCAGAGAUAGUUGAGCUUUGUAGCUUGGAGCAUCUAAAAAAUCUAGAGGCCAACAAGAAAGGCUCCCACGGGGUGUUCUUGAAGUUUCCAUAUAACUCCUAUUUCAGGAAGGGGGUGGUGGGAGAUUGGGUGAACCAUUUGACACCUGAGAUGGCUAAAUGUCUAGAUGCGAUAUUCGAGGAGAAGUUCAAAGGAUCAGGCUUCACUCUGCCGUGA